UAGUUCAGUCUUUGUUUUUUAUUUAUACGGAUUUCUAAAAGUAGAUAAUGCGAAUACAAUUUAUUUGCUUACCUUGCUAAUAUACUGCAAAAUUAUUUUUUUAAUAAUACUGUGUUGUGGCACUUCUACCGAAAUUAUUGUUUAAACUAUUAUGGGACAAUAUUACUCAUUUGAUACUAUGUAAUUGGAAUUGAUAAAAUCAGUGUCAAUUCAGCUGAUAAUGUUUUAUUGCUUGGAGGACAUGCAAGUGUAUUAUUUUUUGUAAAUUGUUUUGCUCGCCAUUCUAUUUUUUACACUUGGAUAAAGUGUUCAGAUUUGUGACACAUGAUGACGCUGAUAGAAGGGGUGGGUGAUGAGGUUAUUCAGUUUGUUGCGGUAGUACUGGUGAUCCUUGUUGCUGUUUUGGCAUGGUGGUCAACUAAUGCUCGUCCAGAUCGUUACCACACUGUCCUCGUAAUGCGUUCCCGUGCACAUCAUCCUGUGACAGUUAGCAUUAGAACAAGAUCAAAUGUUGUUUCAACUACACAAGCAAGUAGUUCUCUUCAACCAAUAACAUCGGAGCCAGUUGCUCUAUCAAGCACAUCCGAACCUGUUGAGGAAAAUAAUCCUAGGGAUAAUUCGAGAGUGAUCCCGUUACAAGAAAUGGAUAGUAUUGUUGACGCCGACAUGGCUAUGUUGGACAACAAUCGGCUGCACUUUUACAGGCGAAUUGAUUCGGCACCCAGCGGCACACAGAGCGUAGCAGAAUCCACUAGUGAUGAAAGUGAGGCACAAGAGGAGCCUGCUAGUAAUGCACAAAUCAGAGAAAUGGAUAGUAUCGUCAGCGCAAUGGAGGCAGACGUAACCGCCGGCUGUGACUUCUUCACUAGACCUAAUGAAUCUAACACUACAUUGCCUUCUAAUACAAAAUCUGCAAUAAGAGAAAACAAUAAUGAUGGUAGUGCAGCUUCGACAGCAUCUGAAACGAAUGGAGCUAUUAAAGAUAACAGUUCAAAUAAUGAUAAUAUCAAUGGAAACGGGACCACGUCCAGUGACGAGCCGGCCGAUAGUACUAAUAGAAAGAAAAUUCUUAUCAAAUUAAAAUACUUAAAUGACACUUUGAAGGAAGUCGAAGGAAAUCUAGAUGAGCUGUUGAAGGAUUUUAAAUGGCGCCAUUUCGCAACGGAACUGUCAGCAGAGAGUCGCGUGAGGUUAAUAUUCAACGGCCGAGUGUUGGUUGACGACGCGGCGACGCUACGCGCUUGCGGACUCCACGACCGCGCCGUCGUACAUUGCCUUGUUCAUCCUAAGCGUGCUAAUAAUCAGCAGCGCGGCAUUACCGAGGAAGCGACGGUGAACGCGACCCACGAACUCAUAACGGAAGGUGUACAACCUGACCGCCCGUGGGACUUGGAGAAUAUCCUCAUGACACUCGUCUCCGUCGCCUUGACUGUUGUUUGGUUCUUCAGAUGCGAGUACUCGAACAUGUUCACGGCGAGCGCCAGCGUGGCGUUGUUCGGCCUCACUGUGUUCUACAGCGUCGCCAUCUUCGGCCUCUAUCUCUCCGAUACAUUCCACUUCGACCGGCGGCCCGCACAACCCGCGCAGCCUGUGCCCAAUAAUUAAGCAAACAUUUGUGUAACUUAAAGUAAGUCUGUAGCGAACAUAAAUAACAAAGCAAAAACCAAAUAGACCAAAAAAAAUAUUCCUUUCUAAAAGGACGGCAACACUUACAAUUCCUCCGGGUACUCAUGGACAGCGUUACUUUAUUAUUUGCUUUUCUGGUGAAUCAUUUCACUCAUCUCACCCUAUAUUAUAAAAAAAAAGUUAUGGGGUUUUUCAUAGUAACCUUUUCCAAGGUUGGCAAUAUAUGUGUGGCUCUCCCUAUGUUGUUCUGUAACAAUCAUUUCUUUGGAGAAGAAUCCUUAAUAAAUUUGCACUACUGCAAGCACUGUAGCAUUAAAGUAAUUUUCUGAUAGAAUAGUGGCUAUAUCUAACCAUUUACUUUUAGGCAAGUUAUAUGAUGUGUUGCCAACAUUGCGGCGUAUAUAAACAAAAGUACGCAAUCUUUGCAAAGCAAAACUAGUUUGCGGCUUCCUCAUGCUGAUCUGCAUAGCUUCAAUAUUUGGACGUUUUGUUAGAUUAAGUCGUUACAGAUUUACUUUUGAAAUUCUCGGCACUCGCUUAAAUGUAUGGAAUAUUGGCAUUCAUAAAGUCAUUAAUUUUCUAAUCAGGAAUUUGAGAAUUCGGAAAUAUCAAAAUAUUGGAUAUCAAUCAAAACUCAUAUUAGUAUAUUACGUUUUAUACACAAAUAUGAAUAAUUUUUUAGUAUAAAAUAUUAAUUUGUGUAAAAUAUUUAACGUGUAAUAAUAUCUGCAAUAAUACGCCAGUAGUUGGGCGUACCCCUGUCUACUAAUUAUUAUUCACUGACAGCACCUUCUGUUUGUAAGAUUAUUUCCUCAUAGUCGUAGAAUACUGACGGAUCUUUAUAUGUAAUAUUCGUCAGAUCCGUCAGUAUAUGACGGUUUGUGGUUUGACAAUAGGGUCGAUUCAGAUGCACCACUCUAUGAACUUAUCUGCAAAACUAAUAUUUUAGUUUAAUAGUUUCACAAAAGUAUUAUUUUAUGGAGCAUCAUUUACUAAAAUUUUCACUUAAAUCUGUUAGUAAUUUAAUUCAUAUUGGUUCUUAGAAUAAAAAUUUCGAUGUAAUAUUAACUUGAAUUUUAGUUUUAGAGAACCACGCCUCACAAUCGAUCCCACUGUCACUAGAGUAAACGUAAAACCCAUCAGGAAGUAUAAAAAGCAGCUUGUUGAACAGGCUUUUAUCACCUUUUUAAAAGUAUUCUUAGUGGUUUUGUUAAAGAUGAAUGUGAUUAUACAUAAUUGAAGCUAAGGAUCUAUUUUGCAGUUGAUUCAAUCGAACGAUAAAAUUAUUUAUAUUUGCAAUUUUGCUACAUAUUAUAUAUAUUAAUAGCCUUACAGGGAUCAUGAUCAUUUGGCCUAUUUAAAAAAUAGAUUAGAUCGGGCAGAGUUUUUGUGGUCUAUAUUGUACAAUAGGGUUUAUUCUGAAACGCUAAUCUCUAAAAUUAAGGUAGUUUUGACUCGGAUCUAUUAUAAAUUUUGUUUAUACUUGUCUUCGAAUUAAAGACUAUGCAAUAUCUGAAAUUUUAGGUUUAGAGAAUGGCACUUCAAAACGGACCCUAACUAUAUUGACCCGAGACUACUGUAACUUGAGUUUUACAUCUGAUAAAAUAUUGUUUUAACUAUUGUUAUAACUCCACUCCACUAGUCAAUAAACUAGUGUCUGUUUUUCAUACAUUUCAUGAGCGCCCUGGGAUGUUAUUAGAUCUAAGAAUAUUAAUUUAUCACCAAUUGGCGGUAACUCAUGCGCAUUAUUAUCGUGUAUUUCGCUGUUCAAUUUCUAGCAGUCGACAGUCAUUUUUGUAAUAUUGUAAAUAGAUCUGCUGAUGUUAUAUGCUAUUUAGUCUUAAAAUGUAGGAACGGUGCUAGAGCUUGUUUCAAUGUUUAUAUUAUAAAACAUGGUCAUGCUAAAUAUCGAUAACAAAAAAUAUAAAAUUGUUGUUGUUCUUAUAAGUACUUAGAAAAUUGUACAUUAUUCGACUGAACAGAUGCACAGUGAGUAGGGCCUCUAAAUCUGUUUUAUUUACGGAACAGAACCAUGUUUAAAUAGUAGAAUGAGAAUAUGUUUGCUACUUGAAUUGACGUAAAUCGUCAUCUAUUUAUAGCUUUGAUAUUUAACAAUAUGAGAAAUUGGAUUCGAUCCUGAAGCUUAUUCUCGAAACCUAUCUCGGAAGUACAAAAAUUUGAGAAUUACUUAUAGAGAGUAAUGUAACUAAAUUGUCUAUUCUUUUUUCCUUUUCAGUUACUAUACUGUGAUUUCUAAAGUUACCUCAGUAUAUUAAUGCAAAGAAACGAUAAUUUCGUGUAUUACAAAUUUUCAUCGUCGAGUAAUAUUAUAAUAAUGACUCGACUCAUCGAUAUACAAAACAUUCAUUUAAAAGGAAUAAUUUAUUUCAUUCUCUACAACAAUGUACAUAUUUAUAGUUAGGUAUAAAAAGGAUGUUUUGUAUUUAUAUAGAUUUAAGCGCUGAUUAAUUUAACUUGUUUUAUUACCAUUUUUCAUUGCUUUGAAGUUUGUUUCUGCAGGCUUUUUUAUUUCGAGUACUUAGUGCUUUCAAAAUUGUAGUCAUUAUAUUUUACAUACCUAAUAGUUUUGUACUCAUUCAUUUAUUGUUAUUUACUUUUUAAGAGUUUAGUAUAAAAUUAUCAAAAUAAAAUAUUAAUACUGA